GUCGGGGUUGGGAGCGGUCGUUUGAGGGGUGAGGAGCGAGCGGCCGGCCUGGCUCGGGGCAGGGGGGCGGGAGAUUGACGGCGCGAGGAGGCGGUGAGCGAGUCCGGGAAGCGCGGGCUCAGCGGCUCUUUCCUGUUGUGACUUCUGGGAUGGGAGGAAGGAAGCGCCAGCUGAGCCUCGCGGUCACUGGCUCGGCGGCGGCGGCGAGAGGCGGAUCCGAGUGGAGGAGGCGGAGGCGGCGGCGGCGGCUGCUGCUGCUGCUGCCCCGGCUGAGGCCGAGGAGGCGGAGCGGUGCCUGAGCUGCUGGCGGAGGAAGUGGCCGCGACCAUAGGACUGCGGGGUCUCGGAGCGCGGAGAAGCCGGAGAAGCUGCUCCGAGGGGCGGCGUCUCCACCGCAGAUCUCUCCCGGGUCCAAUUCAGCACCUCUACCUGGCCAUCCUAACAAGGUGAUUUGUGAAAGGGUGAGACUUCAGAGCCUGUUCCCUCUCAUCCCAAGUGAUCAGGAUACUACAGUUCAAGAGGAUGCCCACUUCAAAGCUUUCUUCCAGAGUGAAGACAGUCCAAGUCCCAAGAGACAGAGGCUUUCUCAUUCAGUCUUUGAUUAUACAGCAUCUCCAGCCCCAUCACCACCAAUGCGACCAUGGGAGAUGACAUCAAAUAGGCAGCCUCCUUCAGUUCGACCCAAUCAGCAUCAUUUUUCAGGGGAACGAUGCAACACACCUGCACGCAACAGAAGAAGUCCUCCUGUUAGGCGCCAGAGAGGAAGGAGGGAUCGUCUCUCUCGACAUAAUUCCAUUAGUCAAGAUGAAAACUAUCACCAUCUUUCAUAUGGACAGCAGCAAGCAAUAGAGGAACCCCGAGCCUUCCAUCCUCCGAAUGUAUCCCCACGUAUGUUGCAUCCUGCUGCUCACCCACCACAGCAGAAUGCAGUGAUGGUCGACAUACAUGAACAGCUUCAUCAAGGCACAGUCCCAGUUUCUUAUACUGUAACAACUGUUGCUCCACAUGGGAUUCCACUUUGUACUGGUCAGCACAUCCCUGCUUGUAAUACACAGCAGGUUCCAGGAUGCUCUGUGGUUUUCAGUGGACAGCACCUCCCAGUCUGUAGUGUGCCUCCUCCAAUGCUUCAAGCAUGUUCAGUUCAGCACUUACCAGUACCAUAUGCUGCAUUCCCACCUCUUAUUUCUAGUGAUCCAUUUCUUUUACAUCCGCCUCACCUUUCUCCACAUCAUCCUCCUCAUUUGCCACCACCUGGCCAGUUUGUACCCUUCCAAACACAGCAGUCACGGUCGCCAUUACAGAGGAUAGAAAAUGAAGUCGAACUCUUGGGAGAACACCUUCCUGUAGGAGGCUUUACUUAUCCUGCAUCAGCCCAUCCUCCAACAUUACCUCCAUCAGCCCCACUCCAGUUCUUAACACAUGAUCCUUUGCACCAGGAGGUAUCUUUUGGAGUACCUUAUCCUCCCUUUAUGCCUCGAAGACUUACAGGACGUAGUAGAUAUCGAUCCCAGCAACCAAUACCGCCUCCCCCUUAUCAUCCCAGUCUCCUACCAUAUGUACUAUCAAUGCUUCCAGUGCCACCUGCAAUAGGUCCAGCCUUCAGCUUUGAAUUGGAUGUAGAAGAUGGAGAAGUAGAAAAUUAUGAGGCAUUACUAAAUCUGGCAGAACGACUAGGAGAAGCUAAGCCACGUGGAUUAACAAAAGCAGAUAUUGAACAGCUUCCUUCUUACCGGUUCAAUCCUAACAACCACCAGUCAGAGCAGACUUUGUGCGUAGUAUGCAUGUGUGAUUUUGAGUCAAGGCAGCUACUUAGAGUCUUACCCUGUAACCAUGAGUUCCAUGCCAAGUGUGUUGAUAAAUGGCUUAAGGCAAAUCGUACCUGCCCAAUUUGUCGAGCUGACGCAUCGGAAGUGCAUCGUGAUUCAGAAUGACCAAUCUAAGAGCACAAAUUUAGUUUGGGUGUUCCUCAUCACAUGUAUAUAUGGACUCUUCAUGGAAUUUACCUAUGUGGCUUCCAGCCUUCCCCUUACCAAAAGGGUCAAUGGACCUUUCUUUGCACUGUGUGAUUUAAUUAAUUAUAAAGCUUACAUACAAUUAGUUGUCACAAUUAUGGGAUUGUUAUACUAACAGUGUGAUUGGAACUCCAAAGACUUUUCUUUAGCUUAAUUUUGUGUGUGCACUAACAUUCCCUGGUUUUUGUGUGAUCAUUCCGAGUGUUGCUGCAAGAUUACCGUGGAUGUGAUCUUAGCAUGUGCUUUUAUAAAGAGUGGUAGCUCCAAACUAUAGCAAUCUACCUUAUAUAGAGCCUUCAGAAACUGUGAGUGGAAAUGAAUGAGUGUGAGUCUGAUGGUAAUGUAUCCAUGUGUGAUUGCAGGUAUGCAAGUAUUUGUGUGAGGGUGUGGUAGCAUAAUGUAUGUGUGAGAUCCUAUAUACCAGCAUGUAAUGAGAAUGUGUGUAGUGUUCAUUAUGCUGCAUUGUAUAAUCUUGUGUGUUAUUUAAGCAGUACUAGUACUGUACACUGGUUUCUUUCCUUGUAUUUGCUGUGCACACUGAAUGCUAAGGGUGCAUCAAUUAUAAGCAUUUAAUAUUCUCUCCCCUAAUUCCCUCCCAAUAUACUUAAUAAUACAAAGAUCAUUUUAUUCUUCAGGUGGCUGUUAUACUUUCCCUUUUUUGGUGGUCUCAGUUGUGACCACUUUUAGAAAAAGUAUACCAGGACCUAAUUUUUAGAUUCUCUUAUGAAAAUGAAUUUUAAAAUGUCAGGCUUGCUGUUUCCUUUUAGAAGGGUGCAAUAUCACACAUAAUCAGUUAGCAAUAUUAUAUGUUCAAUUGGUAAUUUGAAUGUUGAUUAUGUUCCCAUCUCCUUAACAUUUCCAGUCAGCUUGUUAAAAUAAAGUACCUGUGAUUUUUUUUUUAUGGUUAGAUUUUUACUCUUCUGAAAAAUGCUUAAGUAGUUUGUUACUAAGGAUAUCCCCAGUCCCAUGCAGUUCCCCUCCUCAAAUUAGGCUUUAAUCUUCACCAGAAUCUAAUUUGUUACCAGUUCAAAACUGGAUUCCCGGCACAUCUUCUUUUAUAUAGCUCAAGCAAAAUUAAGUUAUAAGGAAAUGACAUUUCUCUUCCUAUAAAGUAUACAGUUUAGAUUCUGAAGGUAGUCUGGUUCUCUUUUGGAGAAUCUUAUAUCCUACCACAUCCCUUUCAACCCGUGAUGUAUAGAUGAAUUCUGCGAUGAGGCAGACCCCUGCUUUUUUUCCUUUGUCAAAAACCUGGGGUUGGGGAUGCUCGUUUGGUUUGGUUUGGUUUGGUUUGGUUUUGGUUUUUCCUUGCAUGAAUGAGUAAAGUGUAAUACAAUCAGUGGCCAAGAUGCUAGCAGUAUAGAAGAGGAUUCCGUUCUUGAAUUAGAACAAAUAAUGCUGUGAAAAAGGAGUUAAUCUCCCUUCAAUUGACCUGAAUGAUGUUAUAGUUGUGGUUUUUGAAUAAACUGAUUCACUUACCAUAUCUCAGAUUGCUUUAGGCUCUUUUUCAGUAAUAGAACUAGAUUCAAAAAAGAAUUCCAUUUUUUAAAAUCCCUUUGCUUCUUACCUUGGGUGAAUGCUGUCAACUUUUGUUGCAACACUGUGAGCAGCACACUUAGUUAGCAGACUUGUCCCAGCUUUGGGUUCUUGGCUCCUAACUUCAGAUGCUUCAGAUGCCAUUCAGCGUUAGUGUCAUUUAUUUUCUUCAGACAGUGUUAUUGCCACCCAUGCUGUUUUGCCCUCUUUCAAAGCCUCUACAGACCAAUCACAACAGGAAGUUGAGUAAUGUAAAACAAGCACAAUUUUGCCCAUUUUUCAGGCUCCUACCUAGUUAAAACAAGAAAAUAGAAUUAUAAAACUUUCUGGUCUGCCCUUACAUGUCAGAUCUUAAGAGCACUAAUGAAAUAAAACAAUGAUAACAAAUAGACAGCAUACUAUUUUUUAAACCUGUUAUAACCCCCUCCCUAGAAAUGUGGUCCAGAGUGGAAUUGACACAACCAGCCACAAACCAAUUAAAUCAUGUAUAGUUAACCUUUAUUUUUUUAAAAUAAGGAGAUCAUGUUUAAAAUUGCAUAUGCCACACAUCUUAUACAUAGACUCUUUUAUAUAGCUGCAAAAAAAUCUUUUUAUCUGUACAGAUCUAACAAUAACACAACUACCCUCAGUAUUCACUUUAUUGAAGCAUGCAAAUAAAGCACUUUUUCUAAUUUAGAUAGAAAUACAUAAUUAACAAGGCACAUUGUACUAAUAUUUAGAUAAACUAGUACUUUUUUCCCCCUGGAACGUAAGAAUUUUUGUCAUAAUGUCCCUUUUCCUGUGAAGUUCUAUGAAGCAGUUGACAGUUUAGGGGGCAAUAAGGACUAAUUGGGUAAAAUACUGAAUUUAAUUGUUGCACUCUUGUAGCUAAUCUGAAAUUUAAAAAAAAUUUAUUUGCAUGGGACUCUUGGAAAUGUGUGCAGAUUUAUUUCAUGGGGUUAGAAUUUAUUUAAAGCACACAUGCAUGUGUUCUGAACCAGCUCAGACUAGCUACAUUGAACCUCCCCUGUUGUGGCCGACAAAAGGGGAUGCUAAAGAAAUUCAUGCUCAGCUAUUACUGCCUUUGAAUUAAUGCACACUUUUGUGUCUGACUCCACACCCUACAGUGGUAAUUCACAACACCAGAAUCCAAUAUAAUAUUCAUGUUUUAUUGCUUUUUCCCUCUUCCUUCCAAAAAUGAGAAUGAUUGGCAUUACCAUCUUAGCUCUGCUAUGUUGUUGCAUGAAUUGUCAACUUUUUAUUUGACUUUUUUUGAGAGAUGUCAAGGCCUCCAGAUAUCAAAAUCUCAUUUUCUUACUGAAAGUUUUUCAAGCAAAAUGGGGGGAAAUGUGUAAGUAUAUUUAGGUUUUAUACACUCUCUUAACUGUGAUUUGUUAAAGCUCUUAAAAUUUAGGCCUCUUGUAAAUACUUUGGAUGGGAUCUACCAACUCAGUUUCAUUUUAGAAAAACAUUUUUGAUGGUGAUAUCUUUGGGCCGUCAUUAAAACUUUUUAUUUUCCUUUUGGUACAUUCAGUUACCUCAUUUUGCUGUUUGUUUCAGAUUUGCUAAUGAUUAUGAAAGUUUGAGUUUUUCGUUGAAAAUCAUAUUUGUUGAGUCUUUUCCUCAUCGUAUUACAUCAUUUAAUGUAGUUUUAAAUGUAUUAUAAAUACCUGUAACCAAAUCAUUUGAAGGCUUGAUAAAUUUUUAACAAAAUUUGUACAUUUUUUAUGAAAGUUACUAGUAAUGCUUUACUAAGUAGUGCAAUGAAUUUUUAUUUUUAAUCCCUGUGCCCAAUUUUGGAGUUGAGAGGGUUGUUCAGUAAUAAAUGUAUGAUGUAUACUUAGAA